UCGGUUCAGUUUUAGCUUUCGCUCCGGAAAAAGGAUCUCCCUUAUCAAGUAGUAUUUAGUGCUUCAAAUUAUAAAGUGUGAGUGUGCAGUUGUGUUCAGUGUUGCUCAUAGCCUACUUUCCGAUCGAGGUCUUGGCUUAAUCGAUUGUGUGGUUUUUCGUUGUUGUGUCAAUGUCAGACAAAAAUGCAAGCCAACCAUCCGUUUGAAGGAAGUAUUUAGGCCACAUUGACAAGUUCCAUGACCGAAGUGCUAUCCAAUAUAAUCCGGCUAACCCACAGAUAUCGUUAGCAGUAGUGCGGAAGAGGAAAUCGUUUAAGUAGUGCUACAAUGCUACCUCGCAGGGAUAAUCUAGUCAACAAGUCGGCCAAACUGGCACAGCGCAAGAAAUCUUCCAGUGAGGAUGAAUCCAGCGAAGAGGGGUCAACCAGUUCCGGUUCAACGGACGGGUCGAGCUCGAGUUCCGGGUCUGACUCGGAAAUGGAUACCACCGAAACGUCGUUCUCGUCGAAAAGUGCCACCGAAUGUGUCGGCAGCAGCAAACAGCAGGGAUUACUUAAGGUUAACCAUCGGUCCUAUACGGUCUAUUGUGAUACGGCGAAGAAUUCGAAGAACUUCUGCCACGGUAGCGUCGCUGAGCCACUAGAGGAUAUCAAGAAGGAUCCUAAUCGUAAUAGAAAAACUCGCGCCAAAAACGAGCAUGUUGUACAUAGAAACAAGAAAUCGAAACGAAUACCGCCAAUCAGUAUUUGCAUAUUGAACAGCCGCUACGACAUCAUCCCAAGGAUCUGCCGUAGGCUCGGCUACCGACUGGUCGCCGAAAAUGAACUGUGGAACGUGUGCUGGACGGAUUCGCUCGUCGGGGUCGAUUUCUGCCGGGACAUGAGACGGUUCCAGAAAAUCAAUCACUUCCCCGGGAUGUUCGAAAUCUGCCGGAAGGAUCUGCUGGCCCGGAAUCUCAGUCGGAUGCUGAAGCUGUUCCCCACCGAGUUUCAGAUCUUCCCGAAGACUUGGGUCUUUCCGGCUGACUUGGGUGAAGCCAUUGCCUACAGCAGGACGCAUCGGAGUAAAACGUACAUUUUGAAACCGGACCAGGGAUCGCAAGGGAGGGGAAUAUUCUUAACGAAGAAUCUCAAGGAGAUCAAUCCACGCGAUAGGAUGAUUUGUCAGGUCUACAUUCAUCGGCCGCUGUUGAUCGAUGGCUACAAAUUCGACCUCCGAGUGUACACCCUUGUAACGUCAACCGAUCCGCUUCGGAUAUUCGUUUACAAGGAGGGUCUAGCUCGUUUCGCAACGUACAAAUACCGGGAACCAUGCAUCACGAAUACCUCAAACAAUUUUAUGCACCUAACGAACUAUUCGGUAAACAAAUACAGUAGAUGUUUCUCGAACGACGAUGAAGCCGGUAGUAAACGGAGAUUUGCCACACUGAACCGUAUCCUUACCUCGGAAGGGUACGACAUAGCGGAACUGUGGAACAACAUAGACGAUGUGAUAGUUAAAACUAUUCUCAGCGCGUGGCAAGUGCUCAGGCAUACGUAUCAAGCGAGUUUCCCUACCCACGACAUAAUUCAGGCGUGCUUCGAAAUUCUAGGUUUUGACAUUUUGAUUGAUCACAGACUGAAACCGUAUAUCCUGGAGGUCAACCACUCGCCUUCGUUCCAUACGGACGAAGCUAUCGAUAAGGAAAUCAAGGAAGCUCUCAUCGCCGACACGUUUGUGAUGUUGAAUCUGAACGGGGAAGUCAAGAAACGUGUUCUGGAGGAAGACAAAAGACGAAUACAGAAUAGACUGCUGCAAAGACUGCGAGAAUACUCCAAGAGCAAGGAAGCCAGUAAGGAAAGCAGUAGCGAUAGCAAAAACGGUGACGACGAUGAUCCCAACUCGGAAGAACGGAUGGGACCAUGGGCGGAUCAAAUCAACUGGGAAGAAACGCAUCUUGGAGGAUUCCGACGAAUACUGCCAGUUCCGGGCAAUCCCGAUCGGUACGCACAUGUCUUCCUGGCGCAAACGCAAGCAUCGGUUUACAACGAAACGGCAGCGAGCAAGAAGCGCGAAGAAUGUGCCAAACAGCAACGGAUCGAACUGGAGGAACGCUACAGACACAAUCAAGCAAUGCUCAAUAAAAACAAUCCAAAGGGACAACAGCAGCAGCUGGGCGGCAAGGGGCUGUGCUCCAGCGAAGAUGGGGCGCUGUUGGUGAAGAAGAAAAAGAAGCUGAAACCGAAGGUGGUCAAGAAAAAGGAUAACUACACUCCGGAUGUCAUCAUCGAUUACGAAGAACGCGAAAGGAUGGCGCUGCUGGCGCAGAGAGACUUCCUAAUACGGACGUGUGGGUUGGUGCAAAAUAUCUAUUUGAACUUCAACCGGAACAAGCUGCUAACCAUGUCCGACCAGCGCAAGUACAAGGAAGUGUUCUCCAAGCUGGUAGCGAACGAUGUGCUCCAACAGGAGCUGACCAGCCAACAAUCGAUUCAAUCCGGUACGACCACUUGUCUUCCGGUUCUCUCGAACCACUACGGCAGUAGCGUUGCGUCGCAUUCAACCCUCGGAGCCGGCCAGAAGCUACAUCUGAAAAGUUUAGUUACGAUCAGCGAUACGACAUCCUGGAUGCAGUGCACCGAAGUGGCCCAACCGAGCAGGCCCCCUUUGCCGUACCUGUUGGCGUCGCAACCGACCAACUAUCGAAGUACCAAGACCACCAUGGCACGGCAGGUCACCAAUGUGGUCAAGCGGCACAACAUGGACACUAGGCAGCUGUACUCGGCCUCCGAUAAGGUUAUCUAGUAUUGAGUUUGGGUGGAUAGCUCGUCGGUUAUCUGCUCAGUCAAGACGUUUCUCCAAUUCAGUUGUGCCUACUUGCUGCCAUCACUGGUCAAUGCGUGCAAAUUGCGUGUUCUUCGGUUGUACAAAAACGUAGCAAUUAUGUUUCAGAGCAUUUUAAUCAAAUUCUGCCCAUGUUUAAAAUUAGCCGUAAUUAAAUCUAC